ACCAAUGAGCCGUGUACGGAGGCGGGCUAUAACCUCCCAGGCUUCAGGCCCGCCAGGUGCGUUUGAAUCUCCGGGAGGGCCCCGCGUGAGGCAGGCGUCGCGUACGGCGUUCAUGGCAGCUCUUCGUCUCCCGCCGCUGCCCACCAUUCGAGAAAUCCUUAAGUUGUUCAGACUACGAGCAGUGAAGCAGCUGUCCCAGAAUUUUCUCCUGGACUUGAGGCUGACAGAUAAAAUUGUAAGGAAAGCUGGAAAUCUGACAAAUGCUUAUGUUUAUGAAGUGGGCCCUGGGCCAGGAGGAAUCACAAGAUCCAUUCUCAAUGCCAAUGUUGCUGAACUUCUAGUGGUUGAAAAGGACUCUCAGUUUAUUCCUGGAUUACAGAUGCUUUCUGAUGCAGCACCUGGAAAACUGAGAAUUGUUCAUGGAGAUGUGUUGACGUUUAAGAUAGAAAAGUCUUUUCCAGCAAGUCUUAAAAGACCCUGGGAGGAUGAUCCUCCAAAUAUACAUAUUAUUGGAAAUCUGCCUUUUAGUGUUUCAACUCCACUGAUUAUCAAGUGGCUUGAGAACAUUUCUAAUAGAAAUGGACCUUUUGCUUAUGGUAGAACUCAAAUGACUUUGACUUUUCAAAAGGAAGUGGCUGAGAGACUUGUAGCCACUACAGGAAGCGAACAGCGCAGUCGCCUUUCUGUUAUGGCCCAGUACCUCUGCGAUGUUAAGCACAUCUUUACCAUUCCAGGGCAAGCUUUUGUCCCCAAACCAGAGGUGGAUGUCGGAGUGGUGCACUUCAUACCCUCAAUACAGCCCAAAAUAGAACAACCAUUCAAGCUGGUGGAAAAAGUCGUUCAGAAUGUGUUUCAGUUCCGAAGGAAAUAUUGCCACCGAGGGCUGGGCAUGUUAUUCCCUGAAGCUCAGCGCCUAGAAAGCACGGGGAAGCUGUUACGGUUGGCAGACAUAGAUCCCACUCUUCGGCCCACCCAGCUCUCCAUAUUGCACUUUAGGAGCCUCUGUGACAUAUACAGAAAAAUGUGUGAUGAAGACCCACAGCUUUUUGGUUAUAACUUCAGAGAAGAGCUCAAGCAGAAAAAAGACAAACAGCAGGUAAAAGAGGAGGAGGAGGAGGAAGAGAGUUGUGGACUGUAAAUGCCGCUUUCAGGGCUUGUGGGCCUGACAAGGUGAUUCCAGUGUGGAGCUGCUCCUGUAUGUGCUUAUCUUUGCAGAAUGACAACAAAAUAUCAAUGACCAGAUGACUUAUGUUCCUUUUACUGUACAGCUUGGUAGAGAAAAUAAAUAUCAAGAUACAGUACAAGCUUUUAAUAUAUAUACUACAUAGAUAUGACAUGUUUAGUAUAAACAGCCUCUAUUACAACCCUACAAAAAUGAACUAUCUGCAUGUUGUACCCCUAACCCACAUUAAAAUAACUUAAAUAUACUUUAAAUAAAGCAAAAGCAGUUCAAAGAAAAUGCCCAGAGGAUUGAAUAAAGAUGAUCCUUUUAAAAGCUAUCAAUCACAACUUCCUCACCCUUACUUUUUUCCACAUGACUUAAAAUUAGAAUGCAAUUUUUAGGAUUCUAAGUCAUUUUGAUGCCUGCUCAAAAGGGAUAUAAACUAAGAAAUUUACAGAUUUCUGACAAGUUUAAUCUAGUUUUCUGAUCCACAAUAAA